AAUGAGGAUAAUCCUUUCCCCUCAGACACCCGCGCAAACACCUAAAACAAACCCUUGUGGUGGCCUAGAUAUUCUUUCUCGGCGGCCCGGCUCAUUUCGCUAUUUGCUGAGACACAAGUCGCUUAGUGGAUAGUAAGUACUCCCAUAGCUUAUCUUCAGGCACACAUGCGACGAUGGCAGGCUCGUUUGAGUCGUGUGCUGAUGCCUAACUUACUCCGGUCAUUCUUACACGCUGAUCUUUAUCCCUUUCAGGAGAACUACGAUGCAUGAUACGAACAGAGGUUUCGUACAAAGAUGGCUCUUGUAUUGAGCAGAAGCGGAGAAUCCUGCAGUUCAUCGCGUUUGAGUAGUCUCAGGCCAGGCGAACAGCCUUAAUCCAAGUGAUGGUAUUCUCAUAGACAAAGGCAGCUGUCGGGCGCUGGCAUGCACCAAACUUGGCCUACGCCCUCCGGGCAUGUUUGGCUUACCGUUCCUCCGAUGUGCAAACCCCGGCACAUGUCUUCACAAGCCAUCCUACCAUGGGAUUUCAGCGGCGUCCUUGUCAUCCAGUCAUGCGUCACAACUCCCGUCUCGUUUAGCUGAGCACGAGAAUAGUGUCUUAUCUGCUCGUCCGAAUCCACGGGCCAGAGACGCUGCGAUCAUUUAUAACUAGGAUGACUUUUCACCUCUGGUCUGCCGCAACCCCACCAACAUUAUGGCGACACCGGACGAAGUCAUUCAUAACAUUGCCAACGUGCCCUCGCCCUCGAGCGAGAAGGCGCCUAGCACGGACGAAAAGGCUUCCGUCUCCAAGAUCGAGCCUUUCGAUAUCGUGGGCGAGCUUGAAGCCGCUGUUCCGAUAGCUGACGUGGAUGAGGAAGGGAAGGUACUGGUAAACGAGAGAGACAUUGCUACCCAUGUCAUAUCUGUUGAAGACGACCCGUCUCUUAAUCCAUGGACACCCAGGGCCUUCUUCAUCGGUAUUGGCUUAUCCGCCUUCGGAGGAUCGCUGGCUCAGAUAUACUACUUUAAGCCCCAAACGGUCUCAGUGUCGCUGAUGUUCCUUGCCAUCAUUUCGUACAUUAUCGGCUUUGCUAUGGAAACGUUCAUUCCUCGACACGGCUACUUUCAUUGGUUGAACCCUGGCCCCUUUAACAAGAAGGAGAACGCGUUUGUCAUCAUUAUGGCCAGCGCCGCUGCCAAUUCAGCGCUCGCCACAGAAGUGCUUGCUGUCCAAAGGUUGUAUUACAACAUUGAGGCCAACGCGGGAACGUCAAUAUUCUUGCUGUUCUCAAGCCAGCUGCUAGGGUACGGCAUCGGUGGUAUCCUCCGAACAACCUUACUUUAUCCAUCAAAGAUGUUGUAUCCAGCCGUUUUGCCGCUGAUUUCCAUGUUUGAUGCGCUGUAUCUUGACGGCGCGGUGGCACGCAAGAAACUCAAGGUCUUUUACAUUUGCUUCUUUGUUAUCUUCUUCUGGGAGCUCUUACCCGAGUGGAUAUUCCCUUUGUUGACCGGAUUAUCAGUAGUCUGCCUCGCUGCACCUAAUAGCGCUUUUGUUUCUCGAGUCUUCGGAGGCAGCGAUGGCAAUGAGGGUUUAGGACUACUAUCAAUAUGCUUUGAUUGGCAGUAUAUAUCCGGAGGUGUCAAUCCCAUGUCUAUCCCGCUCAAUGCCCAGGUCUCUGGAUGUAUCGGUUAUGUCCUUUGCAUGGUCGUAUUUAUUGGCAUCUUCUACGGGAAUGUGUGGCAGGCUCAGAACUUCCCAUUUCUUUCGCAAUUGCUGUUUUAUGAGAAUGGUACUAUAUAUAACCAGUCAUUGAUUCUCAAUGCCAACUACGAAGUCGACCCAACACUGUUGGCUGAGCAGGGCCUGCCAUACUAUGCAUCGACUUGGGUCAUAGAGCUUUUAGUGACUAACCUGGGUCUUGCGGCGACAAUCACACAUUUGAUACUCUGGAAUCGUGACGAUCUUCGCUCUGCUUGGAGUUGGAUGAGUGUCAAAGGAGUUCAAGAGCGAUGGGCCAACUUUGACUGGAAAUUCUGGAGGAAUGACGGGAUGCGAGAUCAGAAGAACACUCAGGACUUAGACCCCCAUUAUGUUGAAAUGCUCAAGUAUCCCGAUGCGCCCGACAGCUGGUACUAUUUGACGUUCCUUAUAUCUUUUAUCAUAGCUCUCGUAGUGAUAUACAAAAGCGACUCGACCCUUCCAUGGUGGGGAUUUGUGAUAUCAGUGAUCUUAGCUGUCUUUUCCAUCCUCUUCUUCGGUGCAUUAUAUGCCAUCACUGGUAUCGGCCUUUCCAUCCAGCCCUUUGUACAAAUGAUAGGAGGUUUCUUGCACCCCGGAAAGCCCAUGGCGAAUAUGUACUUUGUCCUGUACAGCUACAACACCGUUUCUCAAGCUCAGUUACUCUUACGUGAUCUCAAGAUCGGACAAUAUGCGAAGGUCCCUCCUCGUGCGUCUUUUGUCGCACAAAUAAUCGGGACAUUACUGGGGGCUGUACUUAACUAUGUCCUCAUGAACUCUAUCAUCACCAACGAGUUCGAGAUUCUGUUGUCUGUCCAAGGGACGAACAUCUGGUCCGGGCAACAGCCCCAGCAAUACAACUCUCAAGCUGUUGCCUGGGGAGGGCUUAGCCAGGAAUUGUUUGCUGUAGGCAAGCGCUAUCAGUGGGUGCCAUGGUCCUACAUUGUCGGACUAUUUGCCCCCGUUCCCUUCUGGAUUGCGCAUCAGUACUGGCCUAAACUUCGGAUGGAUUUCUUUUACACCCCAAUCAUCUGUACAUACAUUGGUUAUCUCUGUGUGGGGAUCAAUUCUUCUGUUAUGGUGUACUAUAUUAUCGCCUUCGUUUCGCAAGGUUACCUUCGCACCAGGUACCCUAGGUGGUUCGUCAAAUACAACUACCUCAUUGGCGCCGCCCUCGACGGUGGAACUCAAGUCAUGGUGUUCAUCCUCUCGUUCGCUGUGCAAGGUGCGGCAGGAACAGCUCAUCUAUUCCCACCUUGGUGGGGAGCCAAUCAGGGUGGGAACUACGAUCGUUGCGCAUAUCUGACGUAA